CGCCGGGCAGCGCCUUAAAGGGGCCGCCGCAGCUUGAGCCGAGGGGCGCCCCCCAGACCUGCCCCAGCCAUGCGGGGCGGGGGAUGGAGCCGGCGGAGCUCGACGUGCUGGGGCUGCGGGAGCAGCUGUUCCACGAGCGGGUCCGGGAGUGCCUGAUCUGCACGCUGCUCUUCGCCAGCCUCUACAUCCUGUGCCACUUCAUCAUAACCCGCUUCAAGAAGCAUGCGGACUUCACCGCAGUUGAGGAUGACGAGGAUGCUGCUGUCGACAGAAUUGCGCUGUCGAUGUGCACCUUCACGCUGGCCGUCUCGCUGGGCGCCGUCCUGCUGCUGCCCUUCUCCAUCCUCACCAACGAGGUGCUGCUGCUCUUCCCGCACAACUACUACAUCCAGUGGCUGAACGGCUCCCUGAUCCACGGCCUCUGGAAUCUGGUCUUCCUCUUCUCCAACCUCUCCCUGGUCUUCCUCAUGCCCUUCGCGUAUUUCUUCACCGAGGCCGAGGGCUUCGCGGGAUCCAAGAAGGGCAUCCUGGCCCGAGUCUACGAAACCUUCGUGGUGCUCCUGCUGCUGACCCUGCUGGUGCUGGGGAUGGUCUGGGUGGCGUCGGCCAUUGUGGACGAGGACGCGGGCAGCCGGGAAUCCCUCUAUGACCUGUGGGAAUACUACCUCCCCUACCUCUACUCCUGCAUCUCGCUCUUCGGGGUGCUGCUGCUGUUGUUGUGCACGCCCGUCGGCCUCUCCCGCAUGUUCACCGUCACCGGGAAGCUGCUGGUCAAGCCCCGGCUGCUGGAGGAUCUGGACGAGCAGCUGAACUGCACAAGGUUCGAGGAAGCCGCCCUCUCCCGCAAGAUCUCUGCCAUUCAUCCCUCAGGACUCUCUCCUUCUGCAGGCCCCACCUCCUGCUGGCUCAGCUUGAACGCGGCUCUGCUCCGGGAGCGGUUCCUGGCCAUCCAGAGCCGGAGACUGGCGCUGGAGCUGCGGCGUGGUGCCUCGCCCUGGCAGCGGAACCUGGGCUACCCCCUGGCCAUGCUGUGCCUCCUGGCGCUGACGGGCAUCGCCGUGCUCGUGGUCUGUUUCCAUACGCUGGAGCUGCUGCUGGAUGACGCUGCCAUGCCGCGGGGGAUCCAGGACGCGCCCCUGGGGCAGGCCUCCUUCUCCAUCUUUGGGUCCUUCGGUGCCGCCCUGCAGGUGGUUCUCAUCUUCUAUCUAAUGGUCUCCUCCGUCGUGGGCUUCUACAGCUCCCCCAUGUUCACCAGGCUGCUCCCUGCGAGGCAGGAUACCCCCAUGACCAAGAUCAUUGGGAACUGCGUGUCCUUGCUGGUGCUCAGCUCCGCGCUGCCCGUCUUCUCCAGGACACUGGGAAUCACGCGGUUUGACCUCCUGGGCGACUUCGGCAGAUUUAACUGGCUGGGGAAUUUCUACAUCGUUUUCCUCUACAACAUGCUCUUCGCCACCCUCACCACCCUGUGCCUGGUGAAGAAGUUUACAUGGGCCGUGCGGGCCGAGCUCAUCCGAGCCUUUGGUUUGCACAAGCUGCCCCUGCCCGUGACACGCACCCGCCAGCCCAGCAAACUCUGCUAGGACGAGUGUGGCGCCAGCCAACGGCUGGGACGUGGGGGAUACGCCCCCGUGGGGCGGGGGGGGGGGGCAGCCCCACCCUGACUCGAUAGAUUUAUUUGGGUCUCCUGCAUUCUGAGCCGAAGGACCAUGGACCCUGCGGAAGGGGCGGGGCCUGUCUGACUUCCCCCUCGUCUGCUUCUGACCAAUGGCCUGCGGCCGAGAAGGGGCCAGUAGCCUGCUGUGGUGCUGAUGCUGCAUUGGGAUGUGGGGCAGCGAGGGGGCCCCGUCCCGGGGUGGGGAGACAGGAGAAUGCCGUG